AUGUCCGACGAGACGAUGCCCUUGGCAUCCUUGUCCCUGACACAUGUUCACUAUGACCCGAACGACCCCGUCUCCUAUUUCUGCGCCUUCCUUGCUCUGGUACCACAGGGCCUCUGUGUCGUCUACGCGACCCUGAUAUGGUCGAGCCGCGAAAUCGAGAUCGCCCUUAUGUUCGCCGGUCAGCUAGCCUGUGAGGCCCUCAAUUUUGCUCUCAAGCGUCUGAUCAAGGAGGAGCGGCCGAGACAGAUGAAUGGAAAGGGAUAUGGCAUGCCGAGCAGCCAUGCGCAGUUUGUCGCAUACUUCUCCGUGAGCCUGACGUUGUUCUUGAUCUUUCGACACAAACCGGCGUACCAAGCGAAAAAGAGAAACCAUACAGCAUUGACAUUGUUGGAAAGGCUGUUCUGGAGCGCUGCAGGCUUGACCAUGGCUGCAGCUGUAGCUUGGAGCAGGAUCUAUCUCAACUACCACACGCAGAAGCAGGUCCUCAUUGGAAGUGCCGCAGGAACUGCCAGCGCGAUAGCCUGGUUUCUUGUCACGGUGGCGGUCAGGAGGUCUGGGUGGUUGGCUUGGGGUUUGGAGCAUCCGAUUGCCAAGUUCCUGAGAAUAAGAGAUCUGGUGGUCGAAGAGGAUCUUACUCAGGCUGGUUGGGAGAAAUGGGACGAUAAGAUGACGGCAUUGAAAGCGCGCGACAAGAAGGCAUCUUGA